UAACAACACCGUUGCCGAAAGCCUAGACACAAUCAUAGAAAUACUUUGUAUUUUCAAAAGUGAAUUGUUUGAAAUUCGAGUUAGGAACAAAAAUUAAAUGAUUGUUAAAAGUAUCCUGCACUCACAUUUUUUAUAAUGUAGGUCAUAACUUUCACUUACCUUGGCAUCUGCUUUCAUUCUUUCAUAAGACUAGUUUUAUUACUAUUAGGUAGGUAGGUAUUGUCAGUUAUAGACCCAAGUUUUCACUUAAGAAAUGUCUCUUUCCAAGUUAUCUUUCAGUUUGAAAAAUGUCAAACUCAUUCCUAGUGUAAGUGCUUUUGUGAAUAAAGUGAAUCUUGACAGGAGGCAGUUGAGUUAUUCCAAUUCCCGGUAUGCAAAAAAACCGGACUGGAAUAGGGCUGUCAGUGAAGCGGAGAAAAUCGUAGGGUAUCCUACAUCCUUUUUAAGUUUACGAUGGCUUUUAAGUGAUGAAAUUGCGAAUGUAGCUUUGCAGCUUAGAAAAUUGGUUGGAUCCAAUCAUCCUCUUCUCAAAACAGCAAAGGGUUUGUUCUUCAAUGGCAAAAACAACAUGCAAGCCUGGGGACUGAUUGUCCUUUUAGUCUCUAAAGCUGCUGGCCAUUCUCCCGAUAUACCAGAUAUGGAAGAAGACAAAUCUGCAGGGGUACUUCACAGUCAGAGGGCUUUAGCUGAGGUCACAGAAAUGAUAAGAACAAGUCAUUUGGUCCACAAGGGUAUGGUGAAUAUGCAACCUCCAGUUAAGGUGGAUGCUCCAGGAGAUAUGAUAGUUGGAAAUAAAAUUGCGCUUCUUUCUGGAGACUAUUUGCUGAGUAAUAGUUGCCUAGAGUUGGCCAACUUGAAGAACCAAGAACUCGUUGAACUGAUGAGUUCUGCUGUUCGUGAUCUUGCAGAAGCAGAGUUUGUUGAACCAAGAGAUGUACAAAAUGCACCAUUGCCUGCAAAACCGAAGCAAGAAGCCAAAGGUUAUCAGCAGUUUGUAGAUAGCACGUUGGAGCCAUUGGUAGUGAGUGAAGCAUUAGGCAAUGCAGCAGCAGAGUGGACUUUGAGACAUGUUUUGAAUGCAGGAAGUUUGCUGGGUAAAUCCUGCCAAGGGACAUUGAAACUUGCUGGACAUCCUGAGGAGAUUCAGCAAAAGGGAUACUUAUUUGGAAAACACCUAGCAUUAGCCUGGCAAGCAUGUCUGGAUAGGGAACCUUUUGCUUCUGGUUCAACGGGUCACUACAGCCUUAUAAGUGCUCCAGUUCUUUUUGCCCUUCAGCAUGAUCCAUCGAUAUAUAGCCUGAUUGAAAAAGGUCUGGAUGACGUCAAAAAAGUUGACUAUGAUGCACUUCGUAGAAGGGUUUUGGAUGGACCUUCAUUGGAAAUGACGAAAAAUUUGCAGAGAGAACAUUCCAACGCUGCUUUAGAGGUAUUAAAUGAGCUACCAGAGUCAGAUGCUAGGACUGCAUUGGCCAAUAUUAUUGCUGCUAUGCAAGAUUAAUUGGCUGUAUUGCCAGUUUUUCUUUCAAACCUAAUUUACAAACGACUAUAUUACUCAAAUCCAAUAAGUCGAACAACAACAAAAAAUCCCCAAUUUUUGCUGUUGAUAUUGAGAGUCGAAUUCAAAUUUUACUAUAGCAAUCAUUCUGUCAUUCAUCUUGAUAUUUUGCAAGACUAAGUUGUAAUUCUGAUAAGGAAGAGUUUCAAGUUCAUUAUGAAACUUCCAAAUGAAUUGACAUUCCAUGUAGAAAGUUGCGAGUUUUGAGAUGAAAUUCAGGAUUAUCAUCUACAAAUUUUGUUUACCACAAAAUGAUAGACAAUUAAUAGUCUAAAAAAUAUUUCUUCCUUUGUAAAAUCUUCAACAAAGUUGACUAUUUCUAUAAUAAGGAAAUAUUGUACUUUUUCUUAGUAAUCAAAAAUUCCAAGAGAUUUCCAAAGAAUGGCACUGGAA